GGUGUUUGAUACGAGCCACUAUGGUGGCCUCCUUGUUCCAACCCGUCCUCGUUAAAUUUCCCCCAAUUUAAGGAUCUCUAGAUUUUUUAAAGGGGUUCAUGUUCCGUGCAGCUGAUCUUAAGAACUUCGGUAAAGCGGGAACCAGCUGGCACUUUGGCCGGACGAUGGACGAGCUGGUCCAUGACUUGGUGUCGGCGCUGGAGGAGAGCUCGGAGCAGGCCCGUGGCGGCGGCUGCAGUGCCAGUCUCGACCUCGCGCUGCCUGCUGGACGCAUGCUCAAACGGCACGCUCGCAAACGGCGUGGAAGGAAGCGCCGCUCAGAGAACAGCACCCGUCCCGCACUGUGCCACGCCCCUUGCCACACAAGCCACGCCUCAGACUCCAGCCUGGACGAGCACAGAGACACGCGCCUGUCAUCCAGCUCCAACGCCAACGCCAACAACAGCGACUCGGAUGAGCAGCUCGGUGCCAAGCGUGGAAAACGCCCUCCGUGGCACGAUGACGCAGGAGUCGCCGAUGCCAACCGCAGCCUUCGGAGGAGGCGCAAGGUCAAGCGCAUGGCCAUCGACCCGCCGCCGGAGUUCUCGCCCAAAUCGGCAGGAGGGAGCAGGGAGGAGGGGACAGGGAUCGACGCAGUGACUAAAGGCAGAGUGAAGAAGAGGAAGCUGGCACUGGUACACCGGCUGGCUUUGGACGCUGCAGACGAAGGCGUGGUCGUGGAGACUGAGGAGGCGGGGCUUUCUGGGAAAGAAAAAAUGGACUUUGAGGAGCACAAGGGUUCUGAUGAAGACAUGAGUGACAGGUGUGAAACCAGUAGUGUGAGUAACAGCAGUGAUGGAGGUCUGUUCACCAAUGAUGAAGGAAGACAAGGUGAUGAUGAGCAAAGUGAUUGGUUCUACGAGGGUGAGGCGGGUGGGGCUUGUGGCAUCGCAGGUGUGGUCCCAUGGUGGGACAGGGACUCUAACGAGCUGGACCUGAAUGACCCGGUGUUCAACAGCAUCCUCACAGGGGCAUUCCCUCUCAUGUCCCAGGGAGCACAGCGAGGAUUUCAAGCCAGGUUAGCUCGACGUGCUUCACUGCAGCAAGCUCAGGGUGUCUCUCAGGUAGCUGGAUGUGCUGAGAGAAUUCCCAGAUUGUCUCAGGAUCCUCACGCACAUGAGCCUUGGUUCAGUCCCGGAUCCAGACGUGAACAGUGUCAUUGGGAUUCGAGAUCGGACCGAGGCCACCGGAGAAGCUGCUCACUGAAGACUGCCAGCAGGCAGACGAGUGGCCAUCUUGGCUCACUGUGUACCGGAGACAUUAAAAGGAGACGCAAAGCUGCACCUAUGGGAGCUCCUUUAUCUGCAGGUGUGGUAGGAGAGGGAGUGCCGCCGAUCCCGGACUCGAAUGUGGGGAACCGGAUGCUGCAGAACAUGGGCUGGUGCCCGGGAAUGGGGCUCGGACCCGAGGGGCGGGGCAUCACCGAGCCGAUCCGGUGCACACAGAGGCCCAAAGGAGCAGGGCUCGGUUUUAACUGAGGUCUGAGCCGGACGCACAGAGACGGACUCUGAGCCAUCUGUUAUGAAGACGCUGUGUCCCAGCAGGGGGCAGCACUGAGGCCAAGCUGAACAGCCGUACGAACAGAAACGGAAGAAAGAACGGCGCACGGGGAGGUGAGAGGAAGGCCGCUUGUUCCUCGAAGAUCAGCCGGAUGAAGAGCAUCGAAUUUUUUUUGCACAAAAAACACAGUGUCAUAUCUGUAGCGAUCUUAAAGGCCACCGAAUUUAGCUGCUGUCAUAUUUUCACCUCAUGCCAUAUUCAUCCAAACCCUAAACCCAAACCGCAGGCUGUGUCCUAAUUUAAAUACUUUGCCAAUUGUAUGGAUGUUUUAACAUGUGCUACUACUCUAUAACAAUGUAAACCUGCCAAGACCAUAAAUUAUUGCGAGCAUUAUAUAUAUGCUGUUGAAUGGUUGCCAGGAUGUGCGUAUAAAUUACAGAUCUGUCUUAUUAUUAUUAUUAUUAUUAUUAUUUAUUUUUUUUUUUUUUGUAUUUUUAUUUCUAGAAAUAAUUUUUCUCCAAUGUUCUCCUAAUUGUCCCACUAGCCAGCUGUCCUGUAUCCCACCAGGAUCCAGAGACUAACCUCAUCUCACACACUGUUUGCCCUCUUCCACAUACACAAGCUCAUAGAUGCAUACGAAUGGAUAAGUGUAUGGCUGAUUGACAGGAGCGUGAUGAACAUUGUCCUUCCCACUCCUCUGAAGGCUUAAAAAAAUGUGCUCCAUCAGGGUUGCCAGAUUGUCAACCUUCCAAUAAUAUAAAACCAAACCAGUGCCAUUUAUUUUAGGUUUUAGUAAUGGGAAACUUUCCCCAAUUCCAUUUUAGGAUCAUCCCUUUAAUGUGUGAGUGUUUAGGAAUGGAAAUCUUUAUACUGAAUGUGAUUUUGAAUCAAGAAUACUUGAUGGAUCUUGAUUAUAUACAUAAUGAAGUUUUGAAACUAGUCGACCAUUUCAUUUUAUGUUUUGAUUUUUUUUAUUUUAGCAAGUGAAAAGACCAGGGCACAAAUAUUUGCAGAGAAACUUGCAAAUUUACCUGAUAAAUGGAUUACAAAUCAAAAUGAUGAUCAUCUUUAUUAUGAUUUGUUUUACUAGGACUGUCUUGUAAAUUUUCAUUGAAAAUACCUUUAAAUUUGUUUAAAAAAUACACUACAUUGCCAAAAGUAUUGGGACACCCCUCCAGAUCAUUGAAUUCAGGGGUUGGGUUCCGCCCCUUAGUUCCAGUGAAAGGAACUCUUAAUGCUUCAGCUUCAUACCAAGACAUUUUGGACAAUUUCAUGCUCUUUGUGGGAACAGUUUGGGGUUGACCCCUUCCUGUUCCAACAUGACUGCACACCAGUGACCAAAGCAAGGUCCAUAAAGACAUGGAUGAGUGAGUUUGGUGUGGAGGAACUUGACUGGCCUGCACAGAGUCCUGACCUCAACCCCAUAGAACACCUUUGGGAUGAAUUAAAGCGGAGACUGUGAUCCAGAUCUUCUCGUCCAACAUCAGUGCCUGACCUCUAGAGGAACGGUCAAAUAUUCCCAUAAACACACUCCUAAACCUUGUGGAAAGCCUUCCCAGAAGAGUUGAAGCUGUUAUAGCUGCAAAGGGCGGGACAACUCCAUAUUACAUUCAUGUGCAUGGAAAGGCAGACGUCCCAAAACUUUUGGCAACAUAGUGUAUCUUUAAACAAUUAUGUAGAUCUGCGCAUCCAUGAAUUUAGUUCGCGUUACAUCUAAGAAUCAUGGUUAUUUUUUUUUUAUUAUUAUUGAAGUGUUGGUUCAGCUGAAAUCAGGAGGAGUUUGCUCAGUAAAAACGCCGUGUCUAGAUUGAUCUUCUCCCGUCUCUGUAAAUGAUCAAAUUUGCACUGGCGAGCUGAAGCGGUUCACAGGGACCCUGAGAUGAGAACCGCUGUAUAGAGUACAUCUUAUCGAUCAUAAAGGUGCUGAUAUGGGAUCGGUUUUUACUCCUGUGUAUGCUGGUGUACUGUAUAACGUUACGUCAACAAGGUCACUGAUUGUAGAUCAGCUCAGAGCGACAUCCUGCUCUUCGGUUGCUGCGCUUCCUGUUUAGAAAAUGGACGUCCGGAUGGUUUAUGGCAGGAAAAGGUGACUGUGGUGGAUGGAGACUGAUUCGCUCUGAUCUUUACAGCUUUACAUGGGUUUUGUAAAAGGUUCCGUUUUGUAUUACAGACCAGAAUGCUGUUCUCCAUGUAAACGCUGAAAUGAAUAAAACCAAGAAACCUCA